CUUGUGCCAAACACGAGAAUCUUCUCAGAUUCUCGUUCCCAUCUAAAGAUUACUUCAUACCAAACACUAAUUUUUAAAGAAAAGACUAACUACUUACACCUAUUAUCAUUAUAGUUCCUAAUUUCUCUUUCGAAGGACAUUAUAUGUAGUUCCUAUAUAGCAUAUAUUGCUCAAAGCUCUAUUAAAUAGCACACACUAUUUAUUCCUCACGUCUCUACUCUUUUACACAUGGCCUCUCUGGCGACCAACUCCGACGAGCCCCUAACCCCAACGGGAAGGCUCUGCGUCCGUCCGAAAUUGAAGCAUAUAAUCCAUUGCGCCGUUGGCUUCGAGAAACCUCUCGACGUGGAGGCCGUUAAGUCCGCGAUUCAAGCCUCAGUCCUCCUCAAACACCCCAGAUUCUGCAGCAUCCUGGUCCAUGAUCGCCACGGCGUCGAGCAUUGGCGUAAAACCUCCGUCAACCUCGACCGCCACCUCAUCGUCAUCGCGUCUCCGGUCUCUUCCUCCGCUGCUAAUGAUGAUGAAUCUGCUGUCAACGAGUACCUUGCCGACUUGUCGACCGGCCCGGAGCUUAGCACCGAUAAGCCGCUGUGGGAGAUCCACUUCCUGAUGGCUCACAGAUGCGUCGUUUUUCAAGUCCAUCACGCUUUGGCAGAUGGGACUUCAUUAAUGUCAUUAUUGCUGUCCGUUUUCCGGAAAGCUAGCGACCUGAAGGCCGCUCCGACGAUAGCUCCACUGAGGAGAAGUACUGAUGAUCAGAGGAACAGGACUGUGACAGCCAUGGCUGCGGCGCCCUUGAGGAAGGUUGGUGUUUUGUGGGAUAGUCUGAUGUUUGCGUUGAAGAUCGUAAUGAGGCUGUUUUGGGUUCGUGAUCGUAAGACGGCGAUAUCGGGCGGCGAUGGGGUUGAGCUCUGGCCGAGGAAGAUCGCCACUGCUAGGUUUUGUUUAGAGGACAUGAGGAUCGUCAAGAGAGCUGUCGGUGACGCGACCAUUAAUGAUGUUCUUUCUGGGGUGAUAUCAUCUGGCAUAUCAAAAUAUCUGGAUCAUCGAACACCAAAGGCUUUGCAAGAGGGACUUCAAAUUACUGGGCUAACCAUUGUAAACUUAAGAAAACAACCAGGACUGCAGGAACCAUCCGAUUUGGCGAGAAACAAUCCAAAAUUGCAUUGGGGCAAUAAAUUUGGCGGUAUUCUCCUGCCCAUUCAAUAUAAAAAAGGUGGUGUUGAUCCUCUGUACCAUGUGAGGAGAAUUAAGGUGAUCCUUGAACGUAAGAAACAAUGUAUGGAGGCUCAUUUCGCAUACAAAUUUGGUUGCAAUGUGAUGUCUUACUUGGGAUCAAAGGUUGCAGGUGUCUUUAGUUACAGGUUCUUUUGCAACACUAGCUUUCUCAUCUCCAAUAUGGUUGGCCCACAAGAGGACGUUGCAAUCGGAGACAACCCUGUAACUUGCAUCAGAGUAACUUCAUCCAGUUUGCCUCAUGCACUAACAAUGCACAUGUUGAGCUACGCUGGAAGGGCAGACAUGCAAGUCUUGGUGGCCAAAGACAUCAUCCCUGACCCAGAGUUUCUUGCUCAAUGCUUUGAAGACGCCUUGUAUGAAAUGAAAGAAGCUGCCUUAGACACCGUCAAACCCUGCUAAGAUUUGUUGUCUCUUGGUAGCAUAAAUGCAU